GUGUACAUUAUCAAAGUCACCUGGUCCAAUGGGUCCACUGAAGUCAUAUACCGACGGUACAGCAAGUUCUUUGACCUGCAGAUGCAAAUGCUGGACAAGUUUCCAAUGGAAGGAGGACAGAAGGACCCUAAGCAAAGGAUCAUCCCCUUUCUCCCAGGAAAGAUCCUCUUCCGACGGAGUCAUAUCCGCGAUGUUGCAGUCAAGCGCCUGAUACCUAUCGAUGAAUACUGCAAGGCUCUGAUCCAGCUGCCUCCCUACAUCUCCCAGUGCGACGAGGUUCUCCAGUUCUUUGAGACACGACCUGACGACUUGACGCCCCCCAAAGAGGAGCCCGUUGGAAAGAAGAGGUCUGGAGCUGACUCUGCGUCGGUCGACCCCUUGGUGCUGGAGCAGUAUGUCGUGGUGGCGGACUACCAGAAGCAGGAGAGCUCCGAGAUCAGCUUGUGCGUGGGCCAGUUGGUGGAUAUCAUUGAGAAGAACGAAUCAGGCUGGUGGUUUGUGAGCACAUCGGACGAGCAAGGCUGGGUGCCAGCGACCUGCCUGGAGGCCCAGGAUGGUGUCCAGGAUGAGUUCUCAAUGCAGCCUGAUGAAGAGGAGAAAUACACCGUUAUUUACCCGUAUACUGCAAGAGACCAGGAUGAAAUGAACCUGGACAAAGGGGCUGUGGUGGAGGUGAUCCAGAAGAACCUGGAGGGCUGGUGGAAAAUCAGGUACCAGGGCCAAGAAGGCUGGGCCCCUGCCUCCUACCUCAAGAAGGGGAAUGGAGAGAUGUUCUCACAGAAGCUGGGGUCAGGCUCCUCUGCUCAUUCGUGUGCCUUGGAUCUGGAUGGCAUCUCCCGGCAGCAGGUCAUGGUGAGCCGAGAGAAGGAUGGGCUCCCUGGCCAAAGGGAUGGGAGAUUUGACAACCGUCCCCUGCCCGGCGCUGACAUCCGACGCAAGUCACCAAAGAUGAGGCAGAGACCCCCUCCUCGUCGAGAUCUCACCAUACCACGUGGUUUGAACCUGCCUAAACCUCCCGUCCCUCCUCAAGUGGAAGAGGAGUAUUACACCAUCGCUGACUUCCAGACCACCAUUCCUGAUGGCAUCAGCUUUCAGGCAGGAAUGAAAGUAGAGGUUAUUGAGAAGAACCUGAGUGGCUGGUGGUACAUUCAGAUUGAGGAGAAGGAAGGCUGGGCUCCCGCCACAUUCAUCGAUAAGUACAAGAAAACCAGCAACGCAUCCAGGCCGAACUUUCUGGCUCCGCUACCCAACGAAAUGGCCCAGCUCCGGCUCAGCGAUGCCAUGGCCGACAGCAGCGCCAGUGAGGAAGCGACAGGACCGUGCCGUCCUCUGCCAGAGGCCCCUCCAAACGGUUCGGACUGUGGUGGGAAGUGGGCCAAAGACUGGAAGGGGAAGGAGGCUCCCGAGGGUGGGGACCUGGCCUUGGCUGGUGGCUAUGAGGAGAUCUCAGACCGUGACCCAGAGGAGAAGCCCAGCCUACCGCCCAGGAAAGAGUCCAUCAUUAAAUCAGAAGGUGAGUUACUGGAAAGGCAGAGGCCUCCCCCGAAGCCCCCAGGCAUGAUUUUGCCCAUGAUCCCCCCCAAGCAGUCUGUGGCCCCGAAGGAUAGCAAGAAGCCCGAGCUGAAACCGGAGAAGGGCAAACUCUUCCAGCUGAAAAACGAAAUGGGACUGGAAUGUGGACACAAGGUGUCAGCCAAGGAGGUGAAGAAGCCAAACCUCCGGCCCAUUGUCAAACCAACCAAGCCAAAAGCUGAGCCUGUGGAGGACAAGCCUGAGCCCAUCACCCAGAAUCCAUUCUUGAAGUCGAGACCUCAGAUUAGGCCAAAACCCGCUGCAGCCCCCCGGACUGACCCACCUCCAGCUGAUGAUAAACUGGACAUUUGCAGCCUGCGGAGCAAGCUUAGACCUGCAAAGUGCCCAGAGAAACCCACUGAACAGGACACCGCUGCCAGCGAAAGCUCCUUCAGUAACGCCACGGUCUCUAUGGAGGCUUCUGGAAGGUUUCAGGAGCGACCAAGCAUGGAGAGCAAACCUCUGCCCAAGCUGGACAGCCACGCCAUGAAAGAGGUGCUGCCCAAAUCUCCCCUGGGCCCAGCAAACAUCCCCAGUGCCAGAGAGCCCCCACCACAGCGCCCUGUUGUGCCACCCCGCAGACCACCCCCCCCCAAGAAAACAGGGGGUCCUGCCUCCGGCCCUGUGGUGGAGCUCAGGGUCCCAGCACGGGAAGCACCUGAAAUCAGGUCAUCCCCGGUGCUGGGGAGACCCAUGCUGGUUCCUCCGAAAGCCAAGCCGUUCCUCUCUGCCUCCAUUCAAGACGAAGCCAAAGUGAAAAGCAGCAUAAGCCCAAAGGUCAUAUCCAAGCCGGUGGAGAGAGGGGAAGCCAAGGAGAGGACCUCAGCCCCUGUCUCCAGUCCAGACAUCACUAGGGAAGCUCUCUAUGUGGCAGUGGCAGAUUUUGAAGGCGAUGAGGAGACCAACAGCUUUAAAGAAGGGACUUUGUUUGAAGUUCGCGAGAAGAACAGCAGCGGCUGGUGGUUUUGCAAGGUCCUGACUGGGGGGCCGUGCUGGGAGGGCUGGAUCCCUUCCAAUUACCUACGGAAGAAGCCAUAG